AUGGGGAGGCGUCCAACACGCCCAAGCAGCGGCCGUGUUCGCCCACUUCAUGGUAAAAGCCCUUCAACCACGAUCUAUAUCUCUGCUAACAUCUUCCAACUCCAGGUAUAUAACUCGGAGAACUUCACAGUCUAUGACUGGGAAACCAACAUAGCAGAAGCGCAAAGGGCGCACAUCGACGCCUUUGCCCUGAACAUCGCAUACAACUUCCCGACAAACAACCGCUCCUUAGCGAACGCAUUCACCGCUGCAAACGCCCUGAACUUCCAACUCCUCUUCUCAUUUGACUAUGUAGGCAACGGCGCCUGGCCAGAAGGUGAGGUGAUCGGUCUACUCCGAAAAUACGGAAACAACACAGCCUACUACCAACACAACGGCAAACCCUUCGUCUCAACCUUCGAAGGCUCCUCCAACGCCACAGACUGGGCCACAAUCAAAAAGUACACAGACUGCUUCUUCGUACCCGGAUGGUCAGCCCUAGGCGCAAAGGAAGCCCUCGCCGUCGCCCCAGGCAUCCCAGACGGACUAUUUUCCUGGGCCGCAUGGCCCGAAGGCCCAGACCCGAUAAACACCUACAUAGACUCGACCUACAUGCAAUGGCUCAAAGACACAGGCAAACUGCCGUACAUGAUGCCGGUCUCACCAUGGUUCUACACGAACCUCCCCGGCUACGGCAAGAACUGGAUCUGGAACGGCGAUAACCUGUGGUACGACCGGUGGCAGCAAGUGAUAUCACUAAAGCCGGAGUUUGUGGAGAUCAUCUCGUGGAACGAUUACGGCGAAUCGCACUACAUCGGCCCGCUGCAUGAAGGUGCAUACGCGACCUUCGAGAUCGGUAAUGCGAGCUACAACUACGCCGUCGGACACCCUCAUGACGGCUGGCGCGAUUUUCUGCCUUUUAUUAUCGAUGUCUAUAAGGGCUCCAGGGCGACUGUUACUACCGAGGGUGUCACUGCUUGGUUCCGUCAGGCUCCUGGGAAGGCUUGUACCAAUGGUGGCACUAUGGGUAACACAAAGACACACGGACAGAAAGAGUUCCCGCCUACGGACGUCUUGCAGGAUGAGGUGUUUUUCUCUGCGCUUCUGAGGUCUGCUGCUGAUGUGGACGUGUCGGUUGAUAUUGGUGGUGUCGUGCAGGAUGGGAAGUGGAAGAAUAAACCACACGGUCCAGUUGGUCUUUAUCAUGGCAGCGUGCCAUUUGAUGGCAAUACUGGAGAAGUGGUCGUGACGGUGUCGCGUCGGGGAGAGACCGUUGCUGAGAUGCGCGGUGCAUCGAUCUCGGAAUCGUGUCUGGAUGAUAUCCAGAACUGGAAUGCCUGGGUUGGCACCAACUUUGCUAAUAAUACGAUUUCACGACAUCCGCCGCCUUCGCCAGCCCCGACUGUAGUUUCUGCGGCGUCGACUCUUUUGGCGCUUGGGAGGAUUCCGUUGACGAUUGUCUUUGUGGCUUUGGUUGCGAGUAUGGUGGCUGCGACGGUGACGCCUGUUCGGUAUGAGACAUUGGUUUUGACAGUCCCGAUCUCGGAAGUUUCUCCUUCGGUCUAUAGUCCUACCAAGGGUGACGACUCUAGAAACCUAUAUAGCUAUUGCACCAGCUAUGGUUUAUAUCCAAUCGGCGGCUAUACUUUCACAACGACAACGACGGGGCCAGUUACACCUUUAACCUCCACCGGUGCCACAUCUUUCGCAUACGACAUAUAUUGGAAUUUGGACUGGUCUUGA